UCGUGUCAUUGGGUCUGGGUCACGCGCACUGCGCCGAUCGAUGCCGUGCGAUUUGCGAUUAUUUAUAUUAACUGACUUAAGUUAAGUCACGUAACUUAACUUAAAAAGUGACUUAAGUCAAUUAUACAUUAUAAUUUUAUAUUUAAAUGAAUAUAAAUAUUAAAGUAUGUAAAUUUGACUUAAGUCACUUGAGGCGUUACUUAAAAUAUGACUUAAAUCCUAUUAUAUCACGUUCUUUUGUAUUUUUGCAAGUAAAUAUAAAAUUAUAUCGAAUGAGUGCAGGCUUUGUCUGCAGACGGCUUUUCUGUUUUGCAUCUCAAAUAAAAAACCGCAACACAACGCAGAAGAAAACAUCUUGCAACUCCUGUAACAUUGAUCCAGAUCGAAACGAGCGUGCGUCGUGUGCGUGAUUUGCGUAUUGAGUUUACCGAGUCGAGCGCAAUGCAAAACCAAAAGCCGAGAAGCGCAAUGUGAAGUGAAGUCGAGAGAAGUAAGAAUAAAACGAGGAAAAAAAUAACACGUAAAACGCAAGCAAGCGGGCAGAGGCAGCAAGAGAAGCAAUUGAGAUCCGCCAGCGUGAUCCGUAGCAGCACACACAGAUGCCAAGAUGCCGGCCGCGAUCGCCGAGAUUCGCAAAAAUUCCAAGGACGUUCGCAAAGGACACAUACUGUAAACGCGCUCGCUUUAGCCGUAACCACACUUUGAUGAUGUGCGAGUAGUUGUUGAGGAAAAAAGCACUUACAACGCGAUUCAAAGCAAAAAAACGAAAAAAAAAAUGAGAAAAAAAUUGAAAAAAAAGUAGAAUUAGUUACAAAUACCUAUUACUAUUAUGGCUUCCUUAUCACAUUUCAACGUACAACUGUCAUAUAUUUAGUUACGACACUUUUACAUAGACUAAAACCUUUAAAGUGUGUAGUAAAACAUUGUUUUCAACAGUAAUAGUUCAGUUUUUGACGAAAAAACACGUUUUUUGCACGUUUUUUUAAAGAAAAAAUUGCGGAAGAAAAUAAUAUAAACGUAAAACUCGACGUAAAACUAGAAAAUAUUUAGUUACAACAGUUUUUCAUAAAAUAAAACCAUUUACCUGAGUAGUAAAACAGUAUUUUCACUCGAAAAAGUCAAAAUUUUUACGAAAAAACGCGUUUUUUCCGAAUUUUUCAGUAAAAACGCGUUUUUUUCCGAUUUUUUCAGAAAAAAUGUCAGAAAAAAACAAUUUAAACGUACAAUAUUCACCAAGCAAAUGGUCUACAAGAAUGUGUUCCUGUCAAGUCCUCAAAGAACACUUUGACUUCAUCAAAAAAGAAAGCGAUAAAGCACGAAAAAUCAUCCCGUGUGAACUUGACAUUAAAUAUGGUGAUACCCCCGAAGAAAAAUUAGACAUCCUUGGUAGUGAUUUACCAGAUGAUUCUCCGAUAUGUUUUUUCAUCCAUGGAGGAUUUUGGUCUGCAUUAACAAAACAGGACUCUUCUUAUCCAGCUCUAAAGUUACACUCGAUGGGAAUAAAAACAUUUGUCAUUGAUUAUGCGUUAUGUCCUCAAGUAACAUUAAAAACUAUCACAGAACAAAUUCAAAGAGCUUUUGAUUAUACUCUUAAAUACGCAGAAGAAAAAAAAUCAAGCGCUGUGUACUUAAUGGGUCACAGUGCUGGUGCACAUUUGGUUGCAUAUCUUCUAUCAACCACAACCUCACCAUUAACUAGCGUAAAAUCCGCCAUUUUAAUAUCCGGAAUCUAUGAUUUACGUCCUUUGAUUAAUUGUUAUGUAAAUAAUGAUUUACAUCUUUCUCAAAAAGAAGCAGAAGAUUUAAGAAUUAAAUUCAAAAGUAAUUUUUAUAAAAAAUUAAAUAUUUUUGUUGUUAUUGCCGAAAAUGAUUCACCAGCGUUCCAUGAACAAAGUAAACAGUUAUAUUCAUCUUUAAAAACUUCAAAAAUCAACGCAACUUUUAUAGAAAUCGAAAAAAAGGAUCAUUUUGAUAUUAUGCAUUCAAUUAUCGAUGAAUCCGUGAAUAAUCUCGGUAUUAUACUAAAAAGUAUCUUAUGAAAUCGUGAAUAAAGUACAAUAUUCA